GCAAAUCGAGGAACAGAUGCGGAACAGGGAGAAGAAGCAGCACAUAUCGGGCAUACAGCGGUAGAGGGGGCGAGCGACUGUUGCCCUUCAUCAUUUCACCACAGCUACUUUCAAUUGCGGGCCCGUUGUAUUAUUUUAUCGAUUUGGACUCGAAUAUAUACUGAACCGCUGUGAAAAUGGCGCAGCCAGACAGCAAGAAAAUAUUCUUUGAGAACCUGUCGGGAGCGGGGAAAGCUAUCGCCGUGCUGACGAGCGGAGGGGAUGCUCAAGGGAUGAAUGCUGCUGUACGUGCUGUGGUUCGAAUGGGGUUAUAUGUGGGAGCAAAAGUUUAUUUCAUUCAUGAGGGAUAUCAGGGUAUGGUGGACGGUGGAGAGAACAUUAAGGAAGCCUCAUGGGAAAGCGUCUCCAGCAUGCUACAAGUGGGUGGGACUGUCAUUGGCAGUGCCCGCUGUAAAGAGUUUCGCACCCAUGAGGGACGCCUGAAGGCAGCUCACAACCUGGUGCAGCACGGAAUCACCAACCUGUGUGUGAUCGGUGGAGAUGGCAGUCUGACAGGAGCCAACCUCUUCAGGGAGGAGUGGAGUGGGCUUCUGACGGAGCUGGUGGAGCAAGGCUUGAUCGAAGCCGAUGCCGUUCAGAAGUAUUCGGCCCUUCACAUUGUGGGGAUGGUUGGCUCCAUUGAUAACGACUUCUGUGGAACCGACAUGACAAUCGGUACUGACUCUGCUCUGCACAGAAUCAUCGAGGUGGUGGACGCAAUUAUGACAACUGCUCAGAGUCACCAGAGGACAUUUGUGUUAGAGGUCAUGGGCCGACACUGCGGCUACCUUGCCUUGGUGAGCGCCCUGGCUUGUGGUGCUGACUGGGUGUUGAUCCCUGAGAUGCCCCCAGAGGACGGCUGGGAGGAUAAGAUGUGUCAGAAACUGUCAGCGACCCGUUCCAGGGGCACAAGGCUGAACAUAAUCAUAGUUGCAGAGGGAGCCAUUGACAGGCAUGGGAAGCCUAUAACCUCUAGUUUGGUCAAGGAUAACCGAGCAGGGAUGAAAAGGCUGAAUAUCAUAAUUGUAGCUGAAGGGGCGAUUGAUCAGAACAACAUGCCCAUUACCACUGACUAUAUCAAGAAUCUUGUUGUUAAAUGCUUGGGUUUCGACACGCGAGUGACAAUCCUGGGGCAUGUGCAGAGAGGAGGGACCCCUUCUGCUUUUGACCGCAUACUGGCCAGUCGAAUGGGUGUGGAGGCUGUUCUUGCCCUUCUGGAGACCACAGCCAACACGCCAGCCUGUGUGGUCUCUCUGUGCGGUAACCAAUCGGUGCGCCUGCCUCUGAUGGAGUGUGUACAGAUGACUCAAGAGGUCCAGAAGGCCAUGGAUGAGAAACGGUUCGAGGAGGCAGUUAGGCUUCGGGGCAGGAGUUUCGAAAACAACCUGAAGACAUACAAACUGCUGGCUCAUCGUAAACCAGAAUCCGAACUGCCAGUUAGCAACUUCAAUGUGGCGGUGUUGAAUGUUGGUGCCCCUGCAGCUGGCAUGAAUGCUGCAGUUCGUUCAGCCAUCAGGGUGGGCAUCUCUGAGGGGCACAAGAUGUUUGCGGUCAGUGAUGGGUUCGAGGGAUUCUCCAAAGGACAGAUUAAGGAGAUUAAAUGGGCUGAUGUUGGUGGAUGGACGGGACAAGGUGGAUCUCUGCUUGGAACCAAAAGAACACUUCCUGCAAAGCAUAUUGAUAAAAUUGCUGAGCAGAUGCAGAAGCACAACAUUAAUGCACUGCUAAUUGUUGGCGGAUUUGAGGCCUUCCUGUCACUGCUGGAAUUGUUAACGGCUCGCGGGAAAUAUGACGAGUUCUGUGUGCCCAUGGUCAUGGUCCCAGCCACUGUCUCCAAUAAUGUGCCAGGCUCAGACCUCAGCAUUGGCGCUGACACGGCUCUGAACGCCAUCACUACUACUUGUGACCGCAUCAAGCAGUCGGCCAGCGGGACCAAGAGACGCGUGUUCAUUAUUGAGACCAUGGGAGGCUACUGUGGCUACCUGGCCAGUGUAGGAGGCCUGGCUGCUGGAGCUGAUGCUGCCUACAUCUAUGAGGAGCCAUUUGACAUCAGAGACCUGCAGGCCAAUGUUGAACACUUGACAGAGAAAAUGAAGACCAGCAUUCAGAGAGGACUGGUUCUCAGGAACGAGAACAGUAAUGAGAACUACACUACAGACUUUAUCUACCAGCUGUACUCUGAAGAAGGGAAGGGAGUGUUUGACUCCAGGAAGAAUGUGCUGGGACACAUGCAGCAGGGAGGAGCACCGUCUCCGUUUGACCGCAACUUUGGGACCAAGAUCUCUGCCAAGGCGAUGCAGUGGGUUACUAAAAAGCUGGUGGAGACAUUCAGACACGAUGAAGGCCGAGUGUUUGCUAACGGUGAGGAUUCCUGCUGCCUGCUGGGGAUGCGUCGCAGGGCUCUGGUCUUCCAGCCAGUUGUACAACUCAAGGACCAGACUGACUUUGUUCACAGGAUCCCUAAGGAGCAGUGGUGGUUGAAGCUGCGUCCUCUGAUGAAGAUCCUGGCUAAGUACAAGACGAGCUACGACGUCUCAGACUCUGGACAGCUGGAGCAUGUUGUACGCAACCGGCCUAAAGAAUCGGACGCUUCAGUAGCAAUGUGAAGGCCUGUACAUCUUGCGGCCUGCAACGUCCGGUCUCUGUGUCAGACUGAAAGUCUGUGAGGUGUCAGUUGGUGUGUUGUAAAAGAGCUCCAGUAACGUCAAUGUCAACUGCAGUUUCUGUUUGGCCACAUACCAUGUCAUUUCCCUUUCAGUGUCACUCCUCUCUGUUUUGUCUUGACAAAGUCAUGAACUGUAACCUUGCCUCUGCUGUGUUUCUAACAUCAAAUACACACAUGCUCUCACACACAUAGAAACAGCUGACCUGCCAUACAUUUGUGUGUCCUUGUUGCCCCGGAUGUUUAGUGUCACCAUUGUUUUUAAAUUGCACUUUCUCUGUAUGCGGUUGUUUAGGCAGGCUCUGAGACCAGAGCUGCACGAGGACUGAAUAGACUGUAAAAACCAGUUUGUGUGUGUGUGUAUCUGCCUAGAACCAGUGUGAGGUUCAGCAUAUUUAUGUGAGACUGAUGCAAUACAGUUGUACUGCUGCAAUUCAAGAGAACUGCUUGCUGUGCUUUACACUGAAACUAAUAUUGAUAUUUUUAACAUUGUUGAUUUUGCUUGUAAACAUGGAUAUAUUAUUAACUGUAGGCACUGCUAUACUGAAUAGCUGUAUAUUCAUGUCAUAUUGCACCAACAAGUUAGAUGUGUAAGAGACUGUUUCCCACAGAAUAAAAAUCUGAUUUGAGAAGCUUUACCCUA